AUGGGCAUGGAAUCACAUUGCAUUGCAGCAUUGUGCGCUUUGGUAACUCAUCUUUUGGUUGCAUCAUUUGUUCAAUCAGCAGCAGAUUCAGUAACCUUUAGCAUUGCAAACUAUGGUUUGAAAGGGACCGAGGACGAAGAUAUCACUAAGGCUUUCUCGGUUGCAUGGAAGGCUGCUUGCUCAUCAACAAGUCCAAGCAAAUUGAUUGUACCAAAAGGGACAUACGUAUUGAGACAAGUUGUGUUCGAAGGUCCAUGCAAGGCUCCACUGGAAUUACAAGUACAUGGAACCAUCAAAGCACCAGAAGAUCCAUCAGAUUUCAUAGAAAAAGCUGGUUGGAUCAGCUUUCAACGCAUUGACCGUUUCGCUUUGGUCGGAAACGGAACCUUUGAUGGUCAAGGUUCCACUGCUUGGUCUCAGAACGAUUGCCACAAGACUGGAGAAUGCAAUAAGCUUCCUAUUAACAUAAGGUUCAACUUCAUCACAAACGGACUGGUACAAGACAUAACAUCUCUGAACAGCAAACUCUUCCACAUCAAUGUUCUUGGAUGCAACAAUUUAACAUUCAGCAGAGUGAAUAUAAAAGCCCCAGAAGAUAGCCCUAACACCGACGGAAUCCACAUUGGACGGUCUAAAAAUAUAAACAUUACAGACUCGGUAAUGUCCACUGGCGAUGAUUGCAUCUCUAUGGGACGUGGAAGCGAGAAUAUCGCGAUAGAGCGUGUGAAAUGCGGGCCUGGUCACGGGAUUAGCGUUGGAAGUCUUGGGAGAUACACGAAAGAAGAGCCUGUUUCCGGUAUCAUUGUCAGAAACUGUACCUUUUUCAACACGGAUAACGGCGUGAGAGUUAAAACAUGGAUGAGUUCGGAAAAAGCAAUAGCCACUGGUCUAUAUUUUCAAGACAUUGCAGUGGUUAACGUGAGCAACCCUGUUGUGAUUGAUCAAGAGUAUUGCCCUUACAACCACUGUAAAGCCAAGAAACCUUCGCAAGUGAAGUUAAGUAAUAUCAGCUUUAGAAACAUACAUGGGACAUCAUCGACACAAAUGGCGAUGAAACUGGCUUGUAGCAGUGGAGUCCCAUGCGAAAACGUCGAGAUUUCGGACAUUGAUAUUAAGUACACAGGAUCUGAUGGUGAUUCGAUGUCGGAUUGUACAAAUGUUAGUCCCAAAAUCUUUGGAAAACAGUACCCAUCUCCUUGUGUUGCCGCCAAUUCAUCUAGUUGA